AUUUGUAAUUUUGAAGAAAGUAGAGAGAAGAAAAUGGAAGUGCUGCCAAACAUCGCCUUUCCCCCAACUCUUUGUUGAAUGCUCUAUUCACAUUCAUCUCUCUCUCUCUCUCUCUCUUCAGCAUUCACAGAAUGAAUUCCCCUUCUCUCACUACUGUCAAUCGGCGACUCUGCUCAAGCUCAAUACCACGCCGCCAAAACCCUAAUUUAUCACCCAAACCAUACUUUUUCGGGUUUCCUUGUUCAAUCUCGUCAAUUCGACCACUUGCCGCUUCCUCUCUCAGCGUUUCCGCGAGUGGCACCACUUCUCCUCCGUUUAAAAGCUGUAGUUCAGUAGUCAAUCGAGCGAGGGCUUCGUCGAGUGACGCUCAAUCCGUAUCCGAUGGUGGCGGCUUCCGAGAAAUGCGGGAGCCGAGUUUUGCGGAGUUCAUCACUUCGGAGAGGGUGAAAGUGGUCGCCAUGCUUGCGUUGGCUUUGGCACUUUGUAACGCCGAUCGGGUUGUCAUGUCGGUGGCGGUUGUCCCGCUUUCUCAGUCGCGCGGUUGGCGUCAAUCGUUUGCCGGUAUUGUUCAGUCAUCUUUCCUAUGGGGAUACCUGAUAUCACCUAUAGCUGGAGGGACUUUGGUGGACCGUCACGGUGGUAAGGUGGUCAUGGCUUGGGGGGUGGCUUUAUGGUCUCUCGCUACUUUCCUUACUCCGUGGGCAGCCGAAACAUCCUUAUUGGCUCUUCUUGCUAUGCGGAUGCUACUUGGCAUUGCAGAAGGUGUAGCUCUUCCUUGCAUGAAUAAUAUGAUCGCAAGAUGGUUCCCUCAAACAGAAAGGUCAAGGGCUGUAGGACUAGCAAUGGCUGGAUUUCAGCUCGGAAGUGCUAUUGGGCUUACACUUUCUCCAAUCCUCAUGUCACAAGGCGGUAUAUAUGGGCCAUUUGUGAUAUUUGGUUUGUCUGGUUUUCUUUGGGUUUUAGUUUGGGUAUCUGCAACCUCAAGUUCACCUGACCGAAGUCCUCAAAUAUCAAUCUAUGAGCUGAAAUACAUACAGAGCAGGUCAUCAGUACCCUCUCUGUCGAAAAACCAACUUAAAGAAAGACAAGCUAUUCCUCCUUUUCGACGUCUGCUCUCUAAGCCACCAACUUGGGCUGUAAUUUCCGCCAAUGCUAUGCACAGCUGGGGAUUUUUUGUCAUUCUUUCGUGGAUGCCGAUCUACUUCAAAACGAUAUAUCAUGUUGACCUCAGACAAGCUGCAUGGUUUAGUGCUGUUCCAUGGAGUAUGAUGGCUCUUGUAGGCUACUUUGCUGGAGUUUUAUCAGAUAUGAUGAUUCAAAGUGGCACAAGUGUCACUCUGACUCGCAAAAUUAUGCAGUCAAUAGGAUUUGUUGGUCCUGGCUUGGCUCUUAUUGGUUUAACAAUGGCAAAAACUCCAUUAAUAGCAUCUGCUUGGCUUACUUUAGCUGUUGGGCUGAAAGCAUUUAGUCAUUGUGGCUUUCUCGUGAACCUUCAGGAGAUUGCCCCACAAUACUCUGGUGUGCUACACGGUAUGUCUAAUACUGCUGGCACACUAGCUGCUAUAGUGGGAACAGUCGGUGCGGGUUUCUUCGUCGAAUUAGUGGGCUCCUUCAAGGGCUUUUUGCUGCUCACUUCGUUCCUGUAUUUCUCCGCGGCUUUAUUCUGGAAUGUCUACUGCACUGGAGAGAGGGUCGAUUUCGAUGAAACUGCUUAACGGCCUUCCGAUUUUGACCGUUUCUCGUCGACUGGCCUUGCGAAUUUGGACAACAGUGUUAGGUUUAGAACUUAAAAGGGCUUUACAAAUCAUGAAUAUAUGUUAAAAAUGUAGAUUGUCUUUCAUAAUUUGUAUAUAAUUGACUGUGACAGGACAGGAGUGUAAAUAAGAAUCUCCUUUUUUUGGCUGGUUUUUGUCAGUGAUCUUGAGAAUAUGAAACUAGUGUCGGUUCAUCCCGAUUUUUUAUACAAUCCGUCGUGACAAAA